UUUAAAAAAAAAUACUAUUAUCAUUAAAGAAUCGGGAUUUGAUCGAAGUUGUCUUUAGUUUUUGUCCUCUGUCCUAGUUAUCUCUCUCAUUCCCUUUCUCUCUCUAAAUCGUGUUGAGAUAUUUGAAAAUUUUCAAAUAUUUAUUCUGAGAGGAACAGUUUGAGUUUGAGGAAGAGAGAAGUCAGCACUCAGCAGCUUUGUCAACAGCUCCUCCGCUUUAGUUUCUCUUCUCAUUACACAACAAACUUGGUUUCUGGAUCAAAUUUUGGCUGGAUGCAACCAUUUUCACACUCAAGUCAACUACUAGAUUGAAGUGAGGAACAUAAAGAACUGGGGAACAUUUUGGAUAUUUUUUCUCCAAGUGAAGUUAAAAGGAACAAGGAGACAAGGUUGGAGUCGACCAAUCAUUGAUCGAGCUAGAGAAAUCUGGCUACAAUUCAAUUUCAGAUGAGGUUUUCAAAAACACAGAAGAUGAAUGUUCAAAUAGCAUAAGAAGCUGUGAAUUUUCUUCUUUCUUUUUUGUCCAAUGGGAACAAUGGCAGAAUUGGGAACCAUGGGAAAAUUUGGAGCCAUGGCAGAAGAGCAGCAAGUUAACCAGAUGAUCAUGGAUAAACAAUCAGUAGAAGAAUGGCUAUCGCGCGUCAACUCGCUAAUACCAUCCGUCCUCAGCAAGGCAAAAACGGUUAAGAAGUUUACAGGAAGAUGGAAGACGAUCAUCUCGAAGAUCGAACAGAUACCAGCUUGUUUAUCUGACCUCUCAAGCCACCCUUGCUUCUCCAAGAACAAGCUCUGCAACGAGCAGUUGCAAUCUGUGGCUAAGACGCUUAGUGAAGUGAUAGAGCUUGCAGAGCAGUGUUCAACUGACAAGUAUGAAGGGAAGCUGCGUAUGCAGAGCGAUCUAGAUUCUUUAUCCGGAAAACUGGAUUUGAAUCUAAGAGACUGUGGGGUUUUGAUCAAGACCGGCGUUCUCGGUGAAGCUACGUUACCUCUUUACAUUUCAAGUUCAUCGGAAACACCCAAAAUUUCCAGUUUAAAAGAACUUCUAGCGAGGCUACAGAUCGGUCACUUGGAAUCAAAACACAAUGCUCUCGAAAGCCUCCUUGGUGCAAUGCAAGAAGAUGAAAAGAUGGUUCUUAUGCCUUUGAUCGGACGAGCCAACGUUGCAGCUUUAGUUCAGCUGCUAACAGCAACUUCGACAAGAAUCAGAGAGAAAGCGGUGAAUCUGAUCAGUGUAUUAGCAGAAUCAGGACACUGCGACGAAUGGCUUAUCUCCGAAGGUGUAUUGCCUCCGUUAGUGAGACUAAUCGAAUCAGGGAGUCUUGAAACCAAAGAAAAAGCUGCGAUUGCGAUCCAGAGACUGUCCAUGACAGAGGAAAACGCACGGGAAAUCGCAGGACACGGCGGAAUCACACCGCUUAUAGAUCUCUGUAAAACAGGGGAUUCUGUGUCACAAGCUGCGUCUGCAGCUGCUCUGAAGAACAUGUCAGCAGUUUCAGAGCUGAGACAAUUGCUUGCGGAAGAAGGAAUAAUUAGAGUCUCGAUCGAUCUUCUAAACCAUGGGAUAUUGUUAGGAUCAAGAGAACACAUGGCCGAGUGUUUGCAGAAUCUCACUGCAGCGAGCGACGCUCUACGUGAAGCCAUUGUCUCAGAAGGCGGAGUUCCGAGUCUCUUGGCUUAUCUCGACGGUCCGUUGCCGCAACAACCGGCGGUAACGGCACUGAGAAAUCUAAUCCCGUCGGUGAAUCCAGAGAUAUGGGUGGCUCUCAAUUUGCUUCCACGAUUGAGGCAUGUACUCAAGUCAGGAUCUUUAGGCGCGCAACAAGCAGCAGCAUCGGCUAUUUGCCGUUUCGCUUGCUCGCCGGAGACGAAAAGGCUAGUGGGAGAAUCCGGUUGCAUCCCGGAGAUCGUGAAACUUCUGGAAUCGAAGUCAAACGGAUGUCGAGAAGCGGCGGCUCAGGCGAUCGCUGGAUUGGUAGCGGAAGGAAGGAUUCGACGGGAACUGAAGAAAGACGGGAAGAGCGUUCUGACGAAUUUGGUGAUGUUAUUGGAUUCAAACCCUGGAAACACGGCGAAGAAGUACGCCGUGGCGGGGCUGUUGGGGAUGUCGGGAAGCGAGAAGAGUAAGAAAAUGAUGGUGUCGUACGGAGCAAUAGGGUAUCUGAAGAAGCUGUCGGAGAUGGAAGUAAUGGGCGCCGAUAAGCUUCUCGAGAAGCUUGAAAGAGGAAAGCUAAGAAGCUUCUUUCACCGGUAAAACGAACGAUGCGGAGACAUUGAAGCAGCCAAGAUAAAAAGUGUAAUAUUGUCUGAUGUAAGUUUAUUAACCGUUAGUUAAACUUUACUAGUAAUUAAAAAGUGUUCUUUGGGCUGUUUCUCUGAAGCUGAUAAAUAUGGGCUUUAUAUUAAACAGGCCCAUGAAGUUGAAUAUCUUUCAGUAGUCAACUAGGUUUAUUCCCAGAUAAUUUAUGUGGCCAACUAUUAAAUACAGGCCCAUGACCUUAACAAAAAAAAUACAGGCCC